ACCGCGUCUAUAAAUCGAAUUUAACCAGUAUCAUGCAGAUUAUCAUUGUCACACUCCAGUACAGUAGGUGGCGGUGUGCACCUUUAAAGUUGGUUUGGGCCACCAGUAAACCCACAAAAGAAGACGAGACAAGACGAGAGAAAUGUAUGGGGAGAAAAGACGCGAUUUUAGCAUUUCUUGGGGUUUCUUGGAGUGUUUAAAAACGAGAAUCUUGCCUGCAAUCAGAAGUACUGCCCGUAUUUCUACCCCGAGGAGGUGGUUCGUCAACACUUCGGACUGUUUCAUCCACACCCAUAAAGUGAUUGAGACCUUCAGUGAAGCUCCUCCUACAACAAUCCACCAAUAACACACAGAGAAAUCACUUCAUGUGUGACAACUGAAAUCUUCAUGACUUAUUGUUGGUGCUGAUGAAAGAGGAGCUUGAGAAGAUGAGAGAUUCACAACCGUGCAGAAUAAAGACUGAAGAAACUGAAGAACAAAUAGACAUGAUAGAAGUGAAAAAGGAGAGUCACACUGAAGUGGAUGAGAAACAUCAGAUUGUUUCACAGAAAGGAACUCUCAAAACAGAAGACAUAAAGUGUGAAAUGAGUUUCAGUCAAGAAUCUCAAGAUGGACGCCCUGAGGAUCACAAGAGGACUCACAGCGAGAAGAAGCCAUUCACAUGUCAUCUGUGUGAAAAUAGUUUUAGAUUUAAAAGUAAACUUGAGACUCACAUGACAAUUCACACCGGAGAGAAACCUUACAAGUGUCAUCUGUGUGGAAAGAGCUUCACAGUUGAAUUUAGCCUUAAGACACACACCAGAAUUCACACUGGAGAGAAACCUUACACAUGUCAUCUGUGUGGAAAGAGUUUUAUAUCUUCAGGUGACCUUACGAGACACACAAGAAUUCACACCGGAGAGAAACCACACGCGUGCCAUGAGUGUGGAAACCGGUUUCCAACCUCAGGUACCCUUAAUAAACAUUUGAGAAUUCACACCGGAGAGAAACCUUACACGUGUAAUUUGUGUGGAAAGAGUUUCACAGUUGAAUUUAGCCUUAAGACUCACAUGAGAAUUCACACCGGAGAGAAACCUUACACAUGUAAUCUGUGUGGAAAGAGUUUUAAAGUUUCAAGUGACCUUACGAGACACACAAGAAUUCACACCGGAGAGAAACCACACGCGUGCCAUGAGUGUGGAAACCGGUUUAGAACCUCAGGUACCCUUAAGACACACAUGAGAAUUCACACUGGAGAGAAACCUAAGGCUAAAAGUAGCCUUAACAUACAUGCAAGGAUCCACACCAGAGAGAAACUCUUCACAAACCAUGAGUGUAAAAAAGUUUCAGAAGUAAAAAUAACCCUAACCCUUUUAACCGGCGCAGCCCUUUUUGAGUGGACUCCUGCGGGAAUUACUGGGAAGCGAACGGACUGGGGCUCCUGCGGGAGCAAGGCUGAAUCACUACUGCGGGCGUGCGAGCGUUAUGAAAUCACUGCUGCGGCAAGCCUAUGUAUGGGAAACACUGUGUGUGACAACCUAAAUCUUCAUGACUUAUUGUUGGUGCUGAUGAAAGAGGAGCUUGAGAAGAUGAAAGAUCCACAACCAUGCAGAAUAAAGAUUGAAGAAACUGAAGAACAAAUAGAUAUGAUAGAAGUGAAAAAGGAGAGUCACGAUGAAGUGGAUGAGAAACAUCAGAUUGUAAAAAUAAACCAUAAUGUUUCACAGAAAGGAACUCUCAAAACAGAAGACAUAAAGUGUGAAAAGAGUUUCAGUAAAGAUGGACGCCCCGAGGAACACAAUAUGACUCACAGCGAGGAGAAGCCAUACGCAUGCCAUCAUUGUGACAAGAGUUUCCCAGAUACAACUCAACUUAUGGUACACAUGAGGUCUCAUGCUGGAGAGAAACCUUACAUAUGUCUUCAGUGUCAAAGGAGUUAUACGUGUCCAAGUAGCCUUAAGACACACAUCAAAUGUCACAACAAAGAGAAUCCUUACAAGUGUCAUCUGUGUGGAGAGAUUUUCACAUUAAAAUCUGACCUUAAUAUACACACGAAAAUUCACAGUGGAGAGAAAUCAAAUACGUGCCAUGAGUGUAAAAAGACUUUUGCAUCUGCAGGUAACCUUAAGAAACAUUUGAUAAUUCACACUGGACAGAAACCUUACACGUGUCAUCUGUGUGGAAAUAGCUUCACAGUUAAAUCUAGCCUUAAGUUACACAUAAGAAUUCACACCGGAGAGAAACCGUUCACAUGUUAUCUGUGUGGAAAGAGUUUCAAAGAUGAUUCUAGCCUUAAGAGACACACAAGAUUUCACACCGGAGAGAAGCCACACGCGUGCCAUGAGUGUGAAAAGAGUUUUACAACUGCAGGUAAUCUUAAGACACACAUGAAUAUUCACACCGGAGAGAAACCAUUCACAUGUCAUCUGUGUGAAAAGAGUUUCAGAGAAAAAAUUACUCUUGAGACUCACAUGAGAAUUCACACUGGAGAGAAACCUUACACUUGUUUCCUGUGUGGAAAAAGUUUCUCAGCUGAAAGUAACUUUAAGAGACACGCAAUGAUUCACACUGGAGAGAAACCUUACACUUGUUUCCUGUGUGGAAAAAGUUUCUCAGCUGAAAGUAACUUUAAGAGACACGCAAUGAUUCACACUGGAGAGAAACCGUUCACAUGCCAUAAGUGUAAAAAAAGUUUCAGAAGUAAAUGUUGCCUUAAAACACACAUGACAAAGCACAGUAAAGAGAAACCUUACUCAUGUCUUCAGUGUGGAAACCGUUUCAAAAGUCAAGGCGCUGUAAAGAAACACAUGAUAAUUCACACCAGAGAGAAACUGUUCACAUGUAAUCACUGUGGAAAGAGUUUCAGAAGAAAACCUACCCGUAGAAAACACAUGAAACCGUUUGCAUGUCCUCAGUGUGGUCAGUGUUUUAUGUGAGAAACAAGUUUUAGAAAUCACCAGCGCUUACAUACUGAAGAUAAGACAUUUAACUCUUCUGGCAUUGCAUCAGAAGAUACACACGAAUGGUCAUGAGUGGACUUUCAGAUGUAAAGUUUUAAAGGUAUAGCGGAACAUUUCCAAGAAUUUUAGAAAAGAACCGCCCUCCACUUUUUUUAAAAAUGCACAUGUGCAACAAUCUACCUGCUCCCGAAAGGGAACGCUUAUUAAACGUGUGCACGAGAGAGCAUGCACGAGCCUAGUUAUUCUCAUGCAGGCUCUGUUUACAAGUUGCUGUCAUUAUAUAUUGAUCGAUUGAGUUGAAUGAUCUGAAGUGGAGAAGUAGCUUGUUGCAUUUAUGUAAUAAAAACUAUGGUGAACACAUUGGGAUUAUCAAAAUGAACACACAAGGUUUUAGAAUAUAUCAGCGUGAUACCUUUUACCAUUUGGCCAUAAGGCUACUUUAGACAAAUUCAGAUGUUUACUUUGUGUGACUUGUGCCAGGGCCACCAUCCCUAAUCAAAGCUUACAUCAACUUUUAAUAGCAGUGAUUUUAAAUGGAUUUCUCCAAAUAGCAUGCUAGACUUUACCUGUCGAGUAGAAACUUUACGACUGAGGCAUCAGUGGAAAACCCAAACUGUGCUUUUAGCGCACAAAAUAUUCUCUCAAAAACACUCUGGUCUUGUUUCUUUUCCAGACCCUCUUCAAAUAGUUAAUAACAUAUGCAGGGGCGUUUUCCCAGACAGGGCCAUUUGUUUUGCCUCAAAAUGCAUAUUUGUUAAAACUAAUUAUAUUUUCUAAUUAAACUAAAGUCUAGUCCUGGCUUAAGCUACUUCCUGUUUGGGAAACCACCCUGCAGUGUUUUAUUUCUUGCCUAUUUCUAAUUACAUGAGAUCUUUGUAGAAAAUGUGUUUUUACUUGAUUAUUGACUAGAUGUGAUGAUGACCCCAGUAAUAAAUGUUAUUACUUUCACAUGCUUCGAAUCUGUUUGGCA